UGCAAGCAAGCAAGCAGGAGGCCGUUUGACUGUGGGAGUGGAGCAAUGCCAAAAUCAAAGGAACUUGUUUCUUCAAGCUCGUCAGGCAGUGAUUCUGACAGUGAAGGUGACAAAAAGUUAAAGAGGAAAAAGCAAGUUGCUCCAGAAAAACCUUUAGAGAAACAAAAGACUGGAGAAACUUGGAGAGCUCUGUCAUCUUCCAAACAGAACAGUAGUAGCAGAGAUGAUAACAUGUUUCAGAAUGGGAAAAUGAGGUACGUUAGUGUUUUGGACUUUAAAGGGAAAGUUCUAAUUGAUAUUACAGAAUAUUGGAUGGAUCCAGAAGGUGAAAUGAAGCCAGGAAGAAAAGGUAUUUCCUUAAAUCCAGAGCAAUGGAGCCAGCUGAAAGAACAAAUUUCUGACAUUGACGAUGCAGUAAGAAAACUAAAAUCCGAGCCAUAUAAAAGCUGUACUGUUCUAGUUGUUUCAAUCUAUCUUUUUACAUUGGCUUUUGUUUUCUAAAUGUUGUUUUCCAAGCUAUUGUAUAUUUGGACUGCAGAACAAUUUGUAAGAUUAAUACUUUUUUAAGAUGUGCAUUAUUAAAAAUAUUCUGAGUGAA